AUGUCUCCUCUCCAAACCAACCUAUCAUGUGGUACCAGUUUCGACUUCGAUGAGCUUCAAUGGGUCGCCAACAUCCGUCGAACAAUAGAAGCAGAUCAGCUUGAAGACGAUAGUGAAAUAUCCGGAUGCAUUUUUAGUGUCCCCAAACCCCUAAUGUCUAAUCAUCCAGAUUCUUAUACUCCACAUCAACUUUCACUUGGUCCAUACCAUUACUCACGUCUUGAGCUACAUGAGAUGGACCGAUAUAAGCUCUCCGCGGCAAAAAGAUGUCAAAAGCUGCUUCAAGGUCUUAAAUUUCAAGAUCUUGUUGAGCAAUUAAUGAAGCUAGAAUUCAAGAUUCGUGCAUGCUACAGCAAGUAUUUAAACAUCAAUGGUCAAACACUAGCAUGGAUGAUGGCCAUUGAUGCAUCAUUCUUGAUUGAGUACCUGCAAGUUAGUGCUCUCAGUGACCCUGAAAUGCUAUCCAAAGUUCCCUCAGGAAUGUCUCAUCUGUUUGAUUAUUUCCGGAGGAAAUCAAUCCAUGAUGCAAUUCUUCGAGAUAUAGUGAUGCUGGAGAAUCAAAUUCCACUAUUUAUAUUGAGGAAAGUGCUAGAAUUUCAACUUCUGUCAUUAGAAUCCGCCGAAGAAAUGUUGUACUCCAUGUUAAGGGGAUCAUGUAAAGAGCUCUCUCCAUUCAAGACAGUGGAAAGCUCGUCAGGAGUUAAAGUCUCUGACCAUGCUCACUUGCUAGACUUUUUGUACAACAUUAUCGUGCCCAAGGUGGAAGAAUCACUCGAGAUACCUGAAGAAGUUAAGGAUGAUUCCAAAGCCUCACAAGACAACGAAGAAUCUUCAGUUGACUCUAACUACAUUAAACAGCCCCUGAUUGAGAUCUGGAAAAUUCUCUUAAAUCAAAAGAUAGGUCCUGCAAGUUUCCUCAACAAAUUGCUAAAAUCAGCACCAUGUGAAGUGAUAAUCAAAUUGCCUUGGAAAACCUUCCUCAAUCUUCUUGGGUUUGGAACCGUGAAUCAACCUAAUGCUUCUUCUGAAUCUCAAAGUUUCGGUUCUAGCUUUCACCAACCACUAUUGGUUGAAGAAAUCACAAUUCCUUCAGUCAGUCAGCUCUCGAAAUGCGGGGUGCGUUUCGUUCCCACUAAUGGAAGCAUCUCAACCAUCAACUUCGACAAGAAGACAUGUACACUUUACCUACCGAGGAUUAGUUUGGAUGUAAAUAGUGAUGUAGUCUUGAGAAACUUGGUAGCAUAUGAAGCAUCAAAUUCAUCAGGUCCAAUGGUUUUUACACGUUACACAGAAUUGAUGAAUGGGAUUAUUGAUAGUGCCGAGGAUGCAAAAAUGCUUAGAGAAAAAGGCAUUAUUUUGAGCCAUUCGACGAAUGAUGAAGAGGUGGCCAACAUGUGGAAUGGUAUGAGCAGGUCUAUUAGAUUGACAAAAGUUCCAUUCUUGGAUACGGUGAUUCAAGAUGUUAACAAUUAUCAUGAUGGACAAUUUAAAGUUAAGGUUGAAAUGUUCAUGAAGCUGUAUGUGUUUGGUUCAUGGAAGUUUCUCACACUGGUAGCUGCCAUCUUGCUCUUGCUCAUAACAUCGCUGCAAGCAUUUUGCUCAGUUUAUGACUGUGUCCGCUUGUUUCAUUUCCAGUAA